CACAGAAGGGAUGGUCCCAAUUUGGCUUGCACUUACCUUUUGUAUACAGACAGAUCGUGUUUUUUCAUACAAUCGACCGCUCCUAAAACAUGACGGAUAAACACUUGUAAACGGGCUGUAGAUAUAAUAUAUCGACAUACAGGGAUCGGAAGAAGGAAUAUUGUUAUAUUUCAUUUGAUAGCGACUUAAAUUACGAUUUAUCUUUUUUUCGAUAAUCCUUCUUUUGACAUCGUAUCAUUCUGUAGCUGAUAACUGUGAAGACAUCGUGUGUAUACCAGAUUCACUACUGAACUCACUGUAAAGAUGGUCUGCUUACAGUACUCCAUGGCACUCGUCGGCCUUUCGUUGAUGAUGCUGUCUUACGCUAUCGCUCUCUCACCAGAUGAACUAAGAAGCUUCAUGGCUAGGACUUACAUCGAAGACACCGUGGGUUACCAGGGCUUUGUGAGGAUAUCCAACCACAGCGCAGCAAUGUUCCAGAUAUCGGCCAACGGCAUUCCAGACCACGUUACGGGCCCUUUUAAUCUACCAGAGGAUAGUGACGACGUCCUGGUGCAGAACUUCGAGUAUUACAUUCCAAAGAACCCCGCGGUCGCUGACAACCCGACCGACCUUAACAUGGGACCAAUCGGACUGGCCAUCAACGGCGUCGCCAUUUUUAGUCCCUACAGUGCUCAAGGUACAGAUGCGGUCAUUACCGAAGAGCGGACCUUUGAUGCAUGUGACGGCCAUCCCUCCCCACGCGGGACAUACCACUACCACGGCAGUCCCAUCUGCGUCUUUGAAGAUGUCGAAGGUGUUCCUUCAUCGAUCGUUGGUGUGGCGAUGGAUGGAUUUCCAAUCUACGGACCCACCGACGAGAACGGGAACCGCCUGUUUUCUGAGGACUUGGACGACUGCCACGGAAGGUACGUGAAUGGCCGAUAUCGCUACCAUAUUACUGAUGACUUUCCUUACAUCUUGGGCUGCUAUAAGGGUGAGGUUGAUGAGAGGAAUCUACCACAAGGCAUGGGACCUAACAGACCCGACCAAGGUGGAAUUCCUGUUCCAACUGGUCGUCCUCCCAUGACGAGCCCAACGGAAACCAGAGUGACCAGACCUACAGAGACCAGUGUAACCAGACCUACAGAGACCAGUGUAACCAGACAUACAGAGACCAGUGUAACCAGACCCACAGGGACCAGGAUGACCAACCCUAUGGAGACUAGGAGGCAGAUAAUGUCAACAAGUCAAACGAGCAACGCAGGAAGUAACGACCCGCUCGUCUUUAGCGGAAAUUCGUCCACUUCUUCUGCGCAAUCUGCGAUUCUUCUUGUCACAUCAUGUUUAGCCAUCGUAUUAUCUUGUACAUGCUAGAUUAAUUUGUUUCUCGUUUUACCAUGUCUUUUCCUUCUCAUUUCGACAUAAGCUUGAAUGAAAAGAAAAUAUAUCUGAAGCGAAAAAAAAGGAAAUGUUUUGAGAACGGAAUAUUUUAACUUGAUGAGCAUGAGCACAGCAAAGCAAAGAAAAGGAAGGAACAACUAUGCACUUAGUCAUAAGUGUGUACUAUUGAAUAUCAACAUAAUUAUCUUGAUAGACAUGAUCCCCACGUAUAACUCUGGAUUAUUAUAAUAGCAUUACUAUGGAUGGUAUCUAUUUCACAUGCACUAUUUGUCGAUAUGUCAGCAAACCACAUUCCAUUUGACCUCGUCAUCACAAGUUCAAACCCCAUAUAAUUGGCAGACUGUAAAACAUCAUUACUUAACAUUGCCAUGGGGGGGGGGGAGACUUACCAUCUAGCUUUUCAGCAAGAAACGGUUGGAAUCAUGCUUUACCACGUUUAUGCAACGUUUAUUUUUGUUGAUCAUAAUAGAUUUUCUACCUUAGAGUAGCUGUGCGAAGAUUUAAAAAAUGAACUUUAUUUUCAUUAUUGUAAAGGUGGCACUUUGAUUGGAUAAGUAUCAAAACACAUUUCAGCACUGUUCGGAGAGCUCUUCAGGUGCUAUACCGGGACUGUAUUUAAGCGUUUUGUAAUUGAUAAUAAUCCCUACUUCGAAUGUUUCCAAGCACUGCAUUUUGAUAAAAUUGUCCAAUCAGAGUUUCACCUUUGCAAUAAAGAAAAUAAAGUUCAUUUUUUAAAUCUUCGCACAGCUACUUUAAAUGUUGUUGAUGCAUUGUUAUCGAAAAAAAAAAUUAACUCGAGCAAACAACAACGGCGACAAGAAAGUUCUUUCUCAACCGGACUAUACCUUUUCGAAAUAAUGUGAAAUUAGAGAUAAUUAAAUAAAAUAUAAAUUCCAUAAA